CGGCAGCCGAAGCAGCACGCCUUAAUAUCAUUGCACACGCAGAAGAGCAACGACGCCGGCAGCAAGCUGACGCAGCUGCCAACCACAACAAAGCUCAAAGAGAUGCCGCGUCUGUCCUCAUGCAGCAGGAAGCCGCUCAUACCGCCGCCCUCCAAGCAUGGCAUGUUGAUCCGGCGGAAACAACGGAACCAGCUACGGAGGACCAGACUAAGUCAGCUCUCGCCAGCAUGAUGCACCAAGUCAUCCUCACUUGUAACUGGCAACAAGUGGAGCUGGCCCGGCAGGCACGUACCAUUACUGAGUAUGAGGAGACUCUCAAGAGCCUCCACGCCCGCCUUGACAUGCUGGAGAAGGAUGACAUCGAUCCGCGAGCUGGAAGGACGGCUGGAUCACCUAGUCGCGAUGAUCUGCAACUUGAACAGUUUCCGACACCCGACGACCAUCAGCAACAAAUAGCCGCCCUACAAGCGGACCUGCGUCAACUGCAGCAGCAACCAACUGGGACCUGCAACAAUGUGACGCCGAAACAAUUCAAGAUGCUGAAGUUCAGCAUCGACAAGUUUGAUGACUAUCACAAAGCGGACCCCAUCGGUUGGUGGCAAGGGUUCACCAAUGAGCUCUCCAUCCACUUGGUCCCGCCAGAGUCGAAGAUCUCAGCACUCUACCUCUGCAGCACCGGUGCCAGCCAAGUGUGGCUCAACCACCUGGCUCAAACCGAGGGCGUCGAAGUCUCUAAGCUUCACACCAAGAUCACUUGGGAGGCCAUGACUGAGAAGUGGCGGAAACGCUUCAUCAUCGACGACGCUCAGGGCAAAGGCCGGUCAGUGGACGUGUUGAGCACGGCCCUUGGGGAGCGCAGCCUAUACACGAACUUCGACCAGAUCGUGGAGAAGGCGUGCGAAGUCAUCCAAACCAAUCGGUGGGCAGCCAACGAGCGGCGAAGUCAAUUGACUUUUGUGGAAAAGGGCAAAGGCCCACAGCCGCAGCAAGUCGUUGCUGUCCAAAGAAAUGGACAAGAGAACGACCAGGCAACGACUCACGAGUCUAGUGAAGGAGACGGAGUCAACGCCCUUCCGCCACGACACAACAACAGCAACAAGAAGAAGAAGGCGAAAUCUGCGUCAACAACGGAAGUCGGACAACCGAAUGAGCCGUGGAAGAAGUUCAACCUCACGGAGGAGCAAUAGAAACUCCGCCAGAGGUGGAGCUGUUGCUACUGGUGCAACAACACCACGCAUACGACGCCGCAAUGCCUUGAUAAAGGCAAAGAAGACGU